UAGAGAGAGACAGAGAGAGUAGAUUUUUUAUAUUUAUUGUUUAUUUUUCAAAAUAAGAACAUGCAUUUGUUUUUAUAUUUUUCUCUUUCUCUCUCUAUAUGUCUGUAGUCCUCUCCACUCUCUGACACACUACUCACUAUAUGGCGUAAACUUGAUGCCUGAUAGUGCAAGCAAAGCAACCCUCUUUUUCUAAUUUUAAUUUUCUUUUUUAUAAAACUCCCUUCGUAUAAUUUCCUCUUUGCCUGAAAAAAAUCUGUUUCUCUCUCUUUUAUGGUUGUGUCUCUACUACUAUAAGGCAUAACAUCUUGUUUAGUGCUUCACUAACAAAACCCACCUCUUAAACUCUUUCACUUCCUCUCUUCUUUUCCUUCUCUCUCUCUAUAGGUUUUUUUUUUUUUUUCUCUUGACUGUUUGCUGUAUUAAACCUAAAUAUUUCUAUAUCUCAACCUUUUCUCCAUCUGUUAUUUUCUUUUUAUUGAAAUUGCACUUAGGAGCAGCGAAACUAUCGCUGUAUAUAAGAGGUUUAAAAGAAAAUUUGACAUUGGUUUUGUCUGUUUCAGCGUUCUUCAUGUUAUUUGAUGAUGCCUUGUUUGUGCUCACUCUCUCUCUCUCUCCCAAUUCCUAUUUCUAGUGAGAAAUAAAGAGAUAGAAGGGUUUACUUAUUGAUAUUUUCCACACAUUUAGUACCCAUCGAUCCCUUUCUCUCUCUCUCUUUUAGUUGAUGAUAAGUCUUUUGUUUUGAGUGUUUUGACUCAUGAGUGACCACCAUUUCUUUUGAUCAGUGAAGAUAGACAAGUAUAUAUAUAUAUAAAUAAAAGAGAUGCAAACAGCGGAAAGAAAGUUCCUUAUUUGCAUGGCCAGUUCUCUUCUGCGGCCGCCAGUUUUUGGACUGCAGUAUUAGUAGUAUAUGCUUCUUCGAUUUCCUUUUCCUUCUAAGUUUGACUUCUGGAAAAUGAAAUGGAUAUUCAAAGUAUGGCCAUGAAGAACCUUUUGCACCUGUUCUUUGAUCAAAAGGCUUGGCCCAACUAGACCCCAUCAGAAUUUAUAGUUUAUACUCUUAUUUCUCUCUCUCUCUCUCUCGCUGUGUUUAUUCCUAAUAGCCUAAGUUCGUUCAUUGUGUUUUUUUUUCUUCUUUCCCUUGUCUUAGUUUUGAUUGGUCUGGUAGAGAAUUGAUCGAAAAAGGUGAGUGAUGAAAGACAUGAAGCAGCCCUAAAGAGAACAUCCAGUACUGUUUCUAUUUCUCUCCUAUUGUGUUAAUUUGCUUCAAAAAGAGUGGACAAUUUUCAAGAAGAGAUUAAUUCUAUCUUAGGGUAGGACAUAUUUUGAGAAUAUAUUUAUAUAUAUAUUUAUAUAUAUAUAUUAUUUGUUUUACCAUUUCAAAUUAUUUCUCCAUAGAGCUGCUACCUUCCAAUUCAACACAUACACACUCUCUUCCUCUUGUCUUGUUCCUUUCUUCUCAUCUCUUUUUUGGUUUUUGGUCUUCCCCACAGAAGAAAACUACAAAAAAAAGACCUUAGAGUGGGGGAGAGAGAGAGAGAGAGAUCAUAAAAAGCUCAGGCCAUAUUAUCAUGGAACUUUCUAGUCAUCAAGAAGGAGACAUCCCAAUCCCCUUAAACAGUACUCCAUAUGGGGAUGGUGGGCAUGGGCAUGGGCAUCUGAUCCAUCAUGACCCAUCACCCCACAACCACAUAAUUCCUUCUUCGGCAGUAGCCCAAAUCAUCCCUUCCAAUAAUGGCUCCUCCAUCCCCACAAGCCUGGAGGACCAUGUGCCCUACUGUAAUAAUACUAAUAAUAACAAGAAAGGUGUUAAGUACAGAGAGUGCCUGAAGAACCAUGCAGCUUCUAUGGGAGCUAAUGCCACUGAUGGGUGUGGUGAGUUCAUGCCUAGCGGAGAAGAAGGAACCAUUGAAGCCCUCAAGUGCUCAGCCUGCAAUUGCCACAGAAAUUUCCACAGGAAAGAAGUUGAAGGUGAGCCUACCCCUUAUGAUCAGUUCCACCAUAGCAAUAAUAUUAAUUCCCCACAUCUCAGUAGAAUGGCUGCUGGGAGGAAAUUCAUCUUAGGUCCUCCUCAUCACAAGGGUAUGCUAGGCCCAGAUUCAUUACCAGGGUACCCUACAGCCACAGGUACUUUCAUACCUUCAAGAACAGGUCCAAUGCCCCAUCAUAUGAUCAUGUCCUACAACAUGGCUGGGUCCCUCCCUUCUGAGUCAGACGAGCAAGAAGAUGUUGGUGGUGAUGGCGGUGGAGGUGGAGGUGGGUCUGUGGCCUACAGGCCUCCACAUUUGGCUAAAAAAAGAUUCAGAACUAAGUUCACUCAAGAACAGAAGGACAAAAUGCUUAACUUUGCUGAAAAAGUUGGAUGGAAAAUUCAGAAGCAAGAAGAAUCUGUGGUCCAACAGUUCUGCCAGGAGAUUGGAGUCAAGAGGAGAGUUCUCAAGGUUUGGAUGCACAACAACAAGCAUAAUCUAGCAAAGAAAAAUCCUCCACCUGCCUAAUUAAAAAGGAACCAAGAUCGAAAUGAACUCUUUUCUCUAGCUCUCCCUAUAUAUUCGAUCUUCUUCUUCUUCUUCUUCUUUUAUUUUUAGUUUGUUCUUAAGUAGUUUUUUUUUUUGUUUCACACUGUACCUUUUGUCAUUUUUGUCACUCUUUUUUGUGUCUAUUUUUAUCUGGGUUUUCGUUGGUACUUAUAUUAAAAUAACAUUGGUUUCUGCUACUUAGUAUAUUAGGUAACAAACUGGGUUUGGGUGGUCUAGUGUUGGAUAUGAUAUAUUGAUAUUAUUCUUGUCUAAUCCAUUUAUGCUAAUAUGGAUUCAGAUUUGAGGUGUUCGUGCUAUAUAUGAAUUCUGAUGAGGUACUCCAAGAGAUGUAAUACUAAAGUUAGCUAGUCUAAAGUAGUAAGAACUUCCUAAUUAGUUUAUUGUUACUUUUUCUA